CCCCAAGUUUUGAUUUCUCCUCACGCCGACCAUUUUGAAUGACGAGGAACUCAAUCAACUACAGCAUAUCUGGGACUGUGGACUGUUAAGCAACCUCUUGGCCACCCUGGUGCCUUGCUCGCUACCAGAACCAGCUAGCAAAAGGAUGACCGGGCCUGGCUUCCUCAAGAAUCCCAGCGCCCAGCAGUCCGGGUGGCACGUUGAGCCUGGGGAGACCGCCUGCAGUUCAUGUACGGGCAAUCUAUCCUGCAGAUUAUGAUGAACCUAUGUGAUGCGGAGAAAGGAUUCCUUUCCAGGGCCGAGAUGAUGGCGCAGCUACCAAUGCUACUCUCGAACUCGAUGUGCACUUUUAUAUAUAUGUACGGCUCGGGUUUGACUGUUAGCGAGCUGCCUCCAUGCUCGUCUUGCCAGCUCCCCUAGUCAUUGAGUAAAGAUGCGGGCCCCAACCUCACUGCUGUCGCCGCUGUUGCUUGCUUCGGCGCAAGCCGCAAGCUACAACGGCACGAAUGGCACAAUUCCAGUCUACAAGGACCCUAAGGCUCCUAUCGACAGCCGAGUAGAGGACCUGCUAUCCCGUAUGACCAUCGAGGAGAAGACUUCGCAGUUGGUCCAGGGAGAUGUACGGAACUGGAUGAACGAGACCGACUACACCUUCAACGAGACUGGCCUGGUAUGGAGCACCGACAAGCGCGGCGGCCAGUUCUACGUCGGCAUCCCGGCGCCCUGGGGUGUGUUCAGUGACAACAUCAAGGUAGCCCAGGACUACAUUACGCAAAACACGACGCUGGGGAUACCGGCUUGGGUUCAGAGCGAGGGUAUCCACGGCUUUUUGAUCCCCAAUGGAACAAUCUUUAACUCGCCCAUUGGCUUUGCUUCAGCCUUCAAUCCCUCUUUGGUCGAGAAAAUGGGACAGGCUAUUGCCCAGGAAGCACUAGCUCUUGGUGUCAACAACCUCUUUGCUCCGCAGGUUGAUUUGGCUCGCGAAUUGCGCUUCGGUCGAGUUGAGGAGACCUACGGAGAGGAUCCCUAUUUGGUUGGCGAAACCGGAUACUCGUACGUCGUGGGUCUCCAAUCCGGUGGCGUUUCGGCCAUGGUAAAACAUUUCGCUGCCUUCGCUUCACCCGAGCAAGGUGUCAACACCGCCCCAGUGCACGGCGGAAAGCGAGAACUCUUGACGACCUAUCUGCCUCCCUUCAAGCGAGCCAUCAUAGAUGCUGGAGCUACUUCCAUCAUGUCUUCUUACAACUGCUACGAUGGUAUUCCUACCAUCGCCGACAAGUCCCUCCUUACCGACAUUCUGAGGACUGAGUGGGGCUACGAAUACUACAUCACCAGUGAUGCCGGUGGCACUGACCGCCUCUGCAGUGCAUUCUUCAUGUGCGAGAGCAGUCCCAUUGAUUCGGAAGCUGUCGUGAACUUGGCUCUUCCUGCGGGCAACGAUAUCGAGAUGGGUGGUGGCUCGUACAACUUCGAAAAGAUCCCCGAGAUGAUUGAAGCGGGCACGCUGUCCCUUGACGUUGUCGAUGAGGCCGUUAGGAGAACGCUGCGGGCCAAAUUCAAGAUGGGCUUGUUUGAGAAACCUUUCCCCGGAGUACCAAAAGACGAGCAGAAGGAUUACAUCAACACUCCAGAGACUGUGGCACUUGCCAGAGAACUCGAUACGGAGUCCAUCAUUCUUCUUGAGAACCAUGAAGAGAUUCUGCCGCUCAGGAAGGAUGCCAACAUCGCCGUCAUUGGGCCAAUGGCUGAUUUCAUGAACUAUGGAGACUAUGUCCCUUACAAAGCUUCGCUCAGGGGCGUCACCCCUCUUGCUGGCAUCAAAGCAGCAAGUGAAGGAACCGUCACCUACGCCCAAGGCUGCGAGCGUUGGUCCAACGACGAAUCCGGCUUCGCCGAAGCCGUCGCCGCGGCCGAGGCAGCCGACGUGGCCGUUGUGGUUGUAGGCACAUGGAGUCGCGAUCAAGGCGAGCUUUGGACUGGACUCAAUGCCACAACGGGCGAACAUAUCGACACCUCGAGCCUCAACCUCGUUGGCGCCAUGCCGCGCCUCGUCCAAGCCGUCAUUGACGCGGGCAAGCCCACCGUGGUGGUCUUCAGCUCGGGCAAACCCAUCACCGAAGCCUGGAUCAGCGACGCCGCCGCGGCCCUCGUCCAGCAGUUCUACCCAUCGGAACAGGGCGGUAACGCACUCGCCGACAUCCUGUACGGCGACGCCAACCCUUCUGGCAAACUCUCCGUCGGGUUUCCCUACGACGUCGGCACCACCCCCGUUUACUACGACUUCCUCAACUCGGCACGUGCCUACCCUAACCCGGGUAAGGAGUACCCCAAUGGCACUUUGGUGUUUGGCAACAACUACAUCCUCAACAGUCCCUUGCCUCUGUACGAGUUCGGCUAUGGGUUAUCGUACAGCACUUUCGAUUACACGAACUUGCAGCUGUCGCAGACGACGGCUGCGAAGGGCGAUACUGUUAUUGUGUCUGUGGAUGUGACCAACAACUCUACGCGCGAUGGUACCGAAGUUGUGCAGCUCUACGUUAAGGAUUUGAUCGCUAGUGUUGUCGUGCCUAACAUUCAGCUGAAAGGGUUUGCCAAGGUGCCCAUCAAAGCUGGUGAGAGAGAAACUGUCGAGGUUGAAAUCAAGGUCGAUAAUCUUGGUGUAUGGGACUACAACCUGAGAUACGUCAUUGAGCCGGGUGACUUCACCGUCUUCAUGGGGAGUUCGAGUGCGGACCUGCGAAUCAACACAACCCUUACCGUUACUUAAGCGCCGUAGAAGUUUGGGACCGAAGCACUUGCUUCGCUUUCGGUACAUACUUAGUCUUUAAUCUAAUAAUCGUCCUC